AUGAGCAAUCAUACAGAUGACGAUCACAUGGAUCAAGAUGGUUGCACGAGCACGAGCGACGAAGCGAAUCUGCAGUUGGAUCGUGAAUUACGGCAGAGCGGAGAAGUUUUGACCGAGCCUUCACAGCAUACUAUCCCAGUUGGGAUUUCACCUGCUUAUGUGAAAGGUUGGGACACUACAGAUGCAUUCCGCGAGCUGUAUCAAAAUUGGAAAGAUGCUAUUCUGGAAAGAUUUCAACUAAAUCGACUGGAUUUCAAGCCGUUUUUUGAAGACAAGAAAGACCACUUCUCCAUCACAGUCCCAACUGCCUCGAAUGGCAACGGCAAUCGGCGAGCUCUGGGGUUCAUCAAAUACGAGAAAAGGACCGGCCGAGUCAUCUUGACCAACUCCUGCAUGCAACUUCCCCUCGAGUCUCUCGUGAUGGGGUUCACAUCCAAGGACGACGACGAGCAGCUGGCAGGGUCCCAUGGCGAGGGGCUCAAGCUGGCUGCGCUAAUAAUGAGUCGAGACGGAUACAAAAUGAGCUUGGCUGCAAGCCACUCUAAGUGGAGUUUUGGUCUGCAUGGGAAGUACCAGUCUCUCCGAUGUGUCAUCAGUCCUUCCCGAAAGAGGAGUCCUGCCAUUCAACGUGAGCCAGCUGAUGAUAUGGCAAAGCUGCGCUUUCACAUCGAAAGAGACAUCACGGUGGUGAUUGGGCCUGGACAUGCCAGUCAAAGUCGACCGAUAUCAUCUGAAACAUUUUUCGAGUGGCUGCAGGUCACUCUCGAUAUCCGCAGGCUCUCCCAUCCCUCCUCAAUUGUAGAGACACCCCAAGGAGACUUGCUUCUCGAUUCGCAAUUUCACGGAAGGCUCUUCCUGCAUGGGAUCCUGCUACCAAUGUCUAAUUCAGGGGCCCAGCAAUUCAAGUUUGGUUACAACUUUGCUCUGGGCAAGUUUAGCCGUGAUCGUCAAGGACUGAUCGCCACCAGUGAGGUGGCAGACAACGUGCGGCAAAUAUGGCAGUGUGCCGUUCACAUGCACGAAGCAACUCUACUCCCGAUUUAUGUCAAUCUCCUCCAGAACUUUCCCCAGGUGGGCGACAUUGAACAAGCCGAUAGACUCUUGGAGCCGGCUACCAAAGCCCGUAUAUGGAACUACUUGCUUAGGGUGACGGGAAGACAGCAAUUCUUUUAUAGCGAAACAACAAGCUUUGAGAGCGUGGGCAUGAUACGCGGUACCACCGGGAAAAGGCCAACGAGACUUCCCGAGACCCUCUGGAAACUGCUGCGCUCAGUUUCACCGAUCCGGACUGUCGAGGAAGAGCAGGCAGAGCUUUCCGAGAAUGCUGAGAUCUAUGCUCCGCCCGAGUCUGCCUUUCUAAAAUAA